AUGUCUUUGGUGCCCUUGUGUGAUGAUCUCCCGCAAUUCUUGCGAAAUUAUCUACCAAAUGCAGCCAAUAAGGAACGUAUCAGUCUGCCUUUUGUCACUUUGACGUAUGCUCAAUCGCUGGACGCGCGAAUAUCGAAGGGUCCUGGAAUAAGAACCACUAUUUCACACCCUGAGACGAAAACAAUGACACAUUAUCUGCGAUAUCAUCAUGACGGAAUACUUAUAGGGAGUGGGACGGUGCUAAUUGACAAUCCUGGUCUAAAUUGCAAAUGGGGCUCCCAUUCGGUCGCAAGUUCUCCUAGGCCAAUAAUUUUAGAUAUAAAGCAAAAAUGGAAGUUUAAUGGUUCAAAAAUGCAAGAGCUUUUCGACAAGGGACAAGGCAAGCCACCAAUCGUUGUUGUCACAAGUGGCCCUGUUAUGAAAGAGGAACACGUGGAUUAUGCAAUAUGUCCAGUAGACGAGGCCACGCAACAAGUCGAUUGGAGGAUGUUGUUCGAAAUACUAAAAGAAGAUUUUAAUAUAAGGUCAAUUAUGGUUGAAGGAGGAGCCAACUUGAUAAAUCAAUUGUUGCUGAGAGGUGAUAUCAUCAAUAGUCUCAUAGUAACUAUUGGGUCGACAUUUCUGGGCAAAUCAGGCACUGAGGUCAGCCCAACCCAGUCAGUUAAUCUAAAAGACAUGACAUGGUGGAAAGGUACCACUGAUGUAAUACUUUGUGCAAGACUAGCAGUUGAGUGA